AUGUUGUCAUCUUCGUCGCCGGUUUUGGUUUCUGAGCAGACAUGCGAUAAGGUCGACUAUGGCAUGGAACUAAUGCCUGGUAAGAGAUUAAAUACUCCUGUGGAAACACCAGUGAUUAUUUGUCCACUGUACAACCUUGGAAACACAUGCUAUUUUAAUGCCGGUGUUCAGUUGCUUGUAAACUGCCCUCAAUUUGUGUACUGCCUCCGUGACUCGCUGUUUCGCCACCCGGAGCAUCACCGCUACGCUGAACGCGUAAGCCGUUCGUGCGGUAAGGCAGCACUGGAGUUAUUUGAGGCCUUUACUCAAUUGGUCAAUGAUAUGGAGUUCACUCAACUUGAACCUGACUGCGCAAUCUCGCCACUGAGGGCGUUGGAAUGCCUUUCCGCUGUUCAUCCGUUGUUUGAGGGCCGCGAACAGCAGGACUGUCCUGAAAUGGUGAACGCGGUGAUUGCUAACGUGGCGGAGGUGGGGCGGCAAGAAAUCGAAUUGGACAACUUGCUGAAGUCCUUUGAAGGGGAUUAUCUGUGCUUGGAAAAGGCAAUGGGGUGUCGGCGAGGUGACACAUCGUUUGUGCCCAUGCGGUGCACGAGGCAACGGAUGGAGUUCGAUGAGAUAAGUUUGCAGUCUGGUUCUUUAUAUGGAAGUGACCAAAUGAAUCGAAAUGGGGCAGCAUCUGCCAACCAUGAACAGAAUGAAAAUGGUUCUGAGAACAACCAUUUUACAACCUCUGCUCAAACGCACAACGCACCCCAGUUUCCAGUGUUUCCGGGAAGUUGGUGGAACUUCAAUACAAUGAGAAUCAACCAAUUUGUAAACCGUGAGAAUAGGUUGCUUCAGCUUCAGGAAGACUCCAAGAAUGGAAAGCUUCCCCAAAGCACGUUUCGACCACCCAAAAUAUUUUACAACAGUGUGACUGAUGGUUUUACCGGUCAAAUACUCUCCGAAAUACGGUGCCACACUUGCCAAAGAAGCUCUCGUAUUGUGGAGAGUUUUUCUUCGCUGACAAUUGGAAUCCCAUCCCCCCGGCAGAGGCUCCAAUAUGCUAAAAAGCAUCCGGAGGUUCAGCGCGUCAAACAGGAUGGGACACCUCAGAACCUCGCACGGUCGCUUUAUUGGCGUAGUGUUUUCUCGUGGUUCUAUGCUGCGACACGGUGGAUUGUUGGUCUGUUUACGGGCUUUUCGAGACGAGGAAAUUGCCCUGUGACGUUGCAGGAGUGCCUCGACAUCCAUUUUGAGCCGGUGGAACUGAAGGGUAGCAACAUGUAUCAUUGCAGCACAUGCAAUGCCAAACGGGAGGCAACUAAGCAGGAGACUCUCCUCACAAUGCCCGAGUACCUACUGUUACAUAUGAAACGCUUCGAACAGGGGAAGUGUUUCAAUACCAAGAAAACAGAUGAAGUCAUCUUCCCCAUGUCGUGGGAUGUAGGCGCUGCUCAAAGUACAGACGUGCUGCGGUUGCGUAACUAUUUGGACUCGAAUGUUUUAGCGUUUAAUUACCCACUCUCAACAUUCCACGGAACGACUAGUGCAGGUGAUAGCACACCUAUGGAAAACUCAACGUCUGUCACAACCCCCCUAACAGCUACUAACGACCACCAGAAGUUUGCCGCAGCCAGUUCGUCUCCUUUGCAAAGUAUGCAAACAAGGGAAAACCCGGAUAUUGAGGCCCCAAUCGAUACCUACACCUUAGAAGCCGUCGUUAACCAUCACGGAACUAUUGCUCGUGGCCACUACACAACCUUCGCGCGUAAGAAGACUGCGUCGAAAGACGUGUGGGUUUACCUGAACGAUGAAGAGUUGAGCACCACUACUGCUGACUCCGUGGCGAAUUCGGAGGAGUACCUACUUCUAUAUAAGAAGCAAUCUCUCUUCCCUCGCUCCGAGGCGUUCGAGAAACUUCGCACGAAGGCACGAGAGCUGUUGGCGAAACCACUGUCAUCGCGUAUGGGCUUGGAUGCCGCUGGCGUAGACAAGAGUAGCAGGAAUCCGAAUAGCAACACCAACCUUUCCAUAUCUGGGGGCGGAGACGGUUGUCAUGAUGUGGUUUACAUUUCCCGACCGUGGCUGCAGCGUAUGACUUUUAUGGAGGAGCCGGGUCCUAUCCUCAACCGCCUUUCCUAUCGCGCCGCCACGCAAGAAACAGGGGAGUCCUCGUCGGCACAUGGUACGCAAAGUUCACCAAAACAAAAUCUGGGGGAGCCAACUUCUGCAAAGGGGCCACCUUACGAGAAAAGCCUCCCCGUCGAGUGGUUCUAUGUAUCCCUUCUGCAACAGGAAUAUGACGCAUUUUACGACAUGUAUGGUGGAAACCAGGCGGUGACUCAGAGUGAAUACAAUUUAAUGAUGAGUGAACAAGACGCACUCGUAUGA